CGUCACCCGAGAGGCGCGGCCAUGGCGGACGGAGCGCGCGGGAUGGAGUCCGCGGUGCCUGCGAAACGACCUAGACUCGACUUCCCAGAGGAGACUUCCUCUCAUCAGUGUGACAGCGACUUCCAGUAUUUUGCGGGAACGUCAGAGCUGCUUUCAGGUGGAUACAGCAAUGGAGGAGAGUUCACCAUCACCUCCGACUCGGGGUUCAAUGAACUCACGCCACCCCAGAGCAUGGAAGAUGAAAUUACCACUCCGGAUGUCUACAAGUUCUGUCAUAUCAGAAUAUUUGUCAGACACGUUCCAAUCCCGCAGACACAGUGUAAGGCUCUUGAGACCCACUAUGAAUAUGUAAUACAUAGUCAAUUGUGCUUUCUCUCCCUAGGUCCAAUGUCGUGGGUUCAGCAGCAGAUGUUAAGAGGUGUCAAUCCACGGACAGUCUUGAAUCAGAUCUUGGGUUCGACAAGAGAGAUCCCAGACGGAGUUGCCGAUGAUGCCUUAUGGCGAUUAAUUGUCAACAUGCUGUCUGAACCUCCCCGACGUGAAAAAUUAAGGCAUAUCAAUACUCUGGAAGAUGUUGUGAGAUUAAUGAAAGCAUGUCAGAAAGUCAUUGUUCUGACAGGUGCAGGAGUAUCAGUUUCCUGUGGAAUCCCAGAUUUUAGGAGUCGAGAUGGAAUCUAUGCCCGACUUGCUGUUGAUUUCCCAGACCUGCCAGAUCCACAAGCUAUGUUUGACAUCCACUACUUCAGGCGUGACCCAAGACCGUUCUUCAAGUUUGCUCGUGAAAUAUACCCAGGCCAGUUUACUCCAUCACUUUGUCAUAGAUUUAUCCGUCUUAUAGAACAGCACAACAAAUUAUUGCGAAAUUAUACACAGAAUAUUGACACAUUAGAACAAGUUGCAGGAAUAAAAGAAGUCAUCCAGUGCCAUGGUUCAUUUGCAACAGCAACUUGUCAGGUUUGUGGUUACAAACUAGAUGCUGAAGCCAUUAAAGAAGAUAUAUUUGCCCAGAGAAUUCCACAAUGCCCAAAGUGCACAGAGAAUGAUGAAACAACUCAAGGAAGUAGAAUAGCUGGUGAUGAACAAAAAAUAGAAGAUUCUGUUAGUAGACACACUGAAACAAAUGACCUGGACUUCAUGCAACAGAGACAAACAGAUCCCCAGUCGUUACCACCGCAACCUAUAAUGAAGCCAGACAUUGUGUUCUUUGGAGAGGGUUUACCUGAUGAGUUCCAUGACAGAAUGGCAGAAGACAAGGAUGAGUGUGACUUACUCAUUGUCAUUGGCUCUUCCCUCAAAGUGCGGCCAGUAGCUCUGAUUCCAAGUUCAGUUCCUUCACACGUGCCUCAGAUAUUGAUUAAUCGUGAACCCUUACGACACCUCACCUUUGAUGUAGAACUUUUAGGUGAUUGUGAUGUAAUUAUCAAUGAGCUUUGUCGGAGACUGGGCAGAGGUUGGGAAACCCUGAGUCAAACAGAACCUCUAACAGAGAUUAGGGAACUGCCACCCAGACCAAUUCCAGGCAUCAGUGUAAAUAUUACUAAUGGUGAUGGUGAUGACACAAAUGCUGCACCAGGACCAUCAUUAAUAGCCCCACAACAUGCACCACACCCUCGAGAUGAGAGUGAUAUUGAAGCCCUGAGAGCGUGCUGGGCCCCCAAGAUCAAGGAGACGAUGGCGUCUAGAUUACCAGACAAUACUUUCCUGUAUACUGGCACCCACAAAUACAUUUUCCCAGGAGCAGAAGUUUAUUAUGAUCCUGAUGAUGAAUUUGAAGACAAUAAAUCUCUAAGUUCAGAGUCAGAGUCUGAAGAGGUGGAGCCAGGAGAAGACAGCCAAAUAGAACAGGAAGAGGAAAGCCAAGAAUCGUUCCACAGUAAUCAGACUCCUGCAUCCUCCUGUCACCAUCCAAGACUGGAAGAUUUUAAUUCUACAGAUGCUCCACAUCUCUCUCCUGAAGAUGUUGUCAGCCUUCUCUCCACUGCUGAUAAUGGGCAGUCCCAUGAGCACAUUGAGGAUUGGACCAGUCUCAAUGCCAGCUUAGAUACCUCCCUGGACUGUGACCACACCUUACCAGAUUAUGAUACAGAUGACACUCACAAUCACAUAGCAGACACUACUUCAAAAGUGCCUGAGCUUUUGGCUGACAGUUGUUCUCCUCCCACAAAUCUAUGACCUUGCUUCAGGAAAAAAAUAAGGCUAUAAAUCCUCAAAGUCCUUUUUGCCUCAUGAGUUAUUAAGGCUGCUGUUUGAAGGAUUUGGAAGGGAAUUCACCAGUAAAGACGUGAGUUCUUUUUGGUAAUGUAACUUUCCCUUGGACAGCAGAGGUCAGUCGCUUUCACAUCUCGGCACUUAAGCUAUAAAUGAUAGCAGCUUUAAUUCAGAAAUUAUGUGUAGUUGAUUAAUUAUUUAAAAACCGUCCUUAUCUUUGAGUUUCUUCCAACUCUGCAUGUCUCAAGAUGGUAGCCAGAUAAAAUUACAAAUAUAUUUGACUAGGCCAACAGUCCUUAUUUUAAAAUAAUGUGCAAUCUUCGAGGUACGAGAGAGUUUUGAUAUAACUAAUAAGAGGGUACAAAUCUUCAGUUAUAUGAAAAGAUUGUGUAGAGUUCAGCAUCAUAGGAGGGAUGGGGAGUAGGCAUAUUUCUUCCAUACAUGUUUAUAAACCUAAAGUUUUGAAUGUAUAAAGACAUGAUAUGCCUGUGUGACUGAAAUCAGAACUGAAUAUAACAGUUUUCAAAUCUUUGGUAAAGGAUCUCCAUCAUACAGGUUAAUGGUGACAGCUUUGGAAAUUGUGAAAGAUUAUUGUGUAUAUUUGUAGUGUCAGUCUAUUUGAACACAAUUUUUUGGGUUUGUCACUGUUCUGUCUAAUAAAUUUUUACACUUUGUUCAUCAUAAUAGACCUAAAAAUUCUUGGUCUUGGAUGUUGGCAGAUUUGUGUGACAUGAGAGUGUAAGUCUUGACAUGCAUUCAGCAUGUGAUAUUCAUUAGGGAAAUAUUGUAUUUUACAAAGGCUACAAUCUUCAUUGUUGCUCAUUUCUAGAGUGUCAGCUUAACAGGUUAUGGAGAUUGAAUAUUGCCAGUAUGAGUGAAGUAUGAAAAAAGAAAAAACACACACACCAACUGGGACCUGGUCUCUCUUGGCAUUUGUAGUUGGGACGUGAAAGAAGUUGUUUUUAUCGUUUUAGUUUCUUCACGAGUGUAAUGUUUUAAGUUUCAUAUAUGUUGUGUUAGUUUCUAUUUAUUGACUGAGAUAUAUCCUAAUUUUCAUAUAAAACUUGUAUUUUGAUAUAUUCAUGGUUUGUUGUGAUAUAUAUAGAUAUAUGACAAAGUUUUCCACUUUUAUUUAGAUAAGGAAUUCAUUUGUCCCCAGACCAAGUAGACUGCAACCUCCCAGCUGGUGGGUGCUGACAGGGUUGUCUGAAGUAGCCUCAUAUUUGCUUUUAUGUCUCCUCAGCUCACUGUCUUGCUUGUCAAUGUACUACCUGUCCUAGGCAUAAAGGGAACCGUGGCAUGGUGGAAAGAAUAACCAACUUCUUGCUUUUUCAUAUCUUUUAUAUCUUUGAGAAUCAUUUGGAAGUUGUGUAUUCUCGAAGAAAAGGUAGAAAGAAGAGGAAGCUGCGUGGAAGGGUAUGUAUGCCCUUUUAUAUCCCAAUGCCUCUGCUGAAAAUUGAGUGUUGUGGGUGCUUCAAUGAAAGGUUUUAGGGAAUUUCCAUCAUUGUACAAGUUUUCUUCAGUGAGGCUAGCUUGGACCCCCUGUUUGUAUGGAUAUGGUUGAUUUUUUUUCAUUUUUUUUAUGGGUUAUGUUCAUAUUUUAUGGAGAGAAUUAUCAUUAGGUCCUACCUCAAUUUUCUGUUCAUGUAGUCAUUUUAUAAGGAGCUUUGACAUAUUGUCCAUCAGUUAAUAACUUGUCAUCUGGUAUCCUUAUUGUGACUUUUGUACGUUAUUCCCAUUUUUUUUUUUUUUUUAUUAUUGUAUUUUUUUUUUGUGAGGAUUUUUGCCCUCAUUGUACAAGUCUCAAAGGCUACCAAGGAUUGUUAUGUCCUGUUUUAUAAAAAUUUUGUAACAGUUCAUUGAUUGCCAACUAACAUUUUUUCUUUUGCAUUUAUGAUCCAAUCAUGUCAGGUGAACAUUUAUAUAUAUACCUUUGUAUAAUCUGCUAAAAAUACUGGGUAUGGUAUUAUGUAUGUUGAUGAUAUGUGAGGUAUUAUCUGUUACCUGUGACUUGACUUAUAUUCCGUAUGACUGCAAAUUAGCAUGGACAAUGUUAAAGGGAUAAUAUUAUUUCAAGCAAGUGCAAAAUUGUAGAUAAAAUAGGUAUCAAUUUGACAUUUUCUCAUUUUAAAAUGAAAAUGUAAAAGUAUCUAUCUUUCUUUUAACAAGACAUUUCCCCUUACUUUUGAAGAAGUCCCAAUAUGUGUGUAUUUAAGUGACAUUUAUGAAAGGAUUUUUUUUCUAGUAUCUGUUUAGGACUUUUUAUCUUUUUAUUACAAACAUUGAAUUUCGAGGAUAACAAGAUCUCAGGGCAUUUAGAAAUUACAUUAAUACCAAAUGUGGGGGAACUGUUAAGCGUAUUUAAACGGAAACUGGAUGUUGAUGAUUAUAUUGAUGUACAAAUUCUUGAUUGCUGACACUAGGUAUCAUCAAACACUGAAAUGGUUGUAAUAUUUUACAGAUCACUAGAGGUUAUUUUUCAUCCUGUAGGAUCAAAGUGAACUUGUACUUACGAAUUGAGAUGGUAUUUCCCCCUUAUUGUAUUUACCCAAGUAUAUUUGCAGAUUAUCCUCUUUCCAUCUCCAUCUUUACCUUUCCCCCUUUUUUAUUCUUGUAUGCUAGGUGCUACUCAUGUGCACUGUCAUAGGAUCUCAAAAAAAGCUUAAAAAAAAAAAAAAAGUAGGGCUGCAUACACUUGAAAGCAAGAAAGGGAUGGAAUGAUGUCAUUUCAUUGAGGAUCAGGAGCCAUUUCUUAGUUUUUAGCACUUUGGAUAAGCUCCCACUAAGCUUGUCUUGGUGUGUAUGAUUCAGUAUGGCAUGACUUCCCCCUCCCCCACCCCUGAAGACUUUCAUUACCUUAAAUGUAAAUUUUUUUGUAAAGUGUCGCUGUUUAGCAUCAAGGGUCCAAUGGCGUAAAACCAUAUUGUUGCUGUUACACAUUAAGACUUGCCUAUGGUACAACUGCAGCUUUUUCAUGUGGCCUAUAAUGCAUAUGUUCUCUUUGUCUGAGCUAAGAACAGCAAUAAAAUUUAUCCUUUUUUGUA